CCAAAGCAUAAAGCAACACACCACAACACCACCAGCUUCUCUCUCUCUCUCUCUCUCUCUCUCUCUCACACACGGCCCUUCGUCUCCAUUAUUUGUUGGGUUCGCUUCAAGUUGUUUUCUUCUUCCGCUCGAUUCCAGAUAUAUUUUUUUUUAAUUUGAAGUUGUUCUUUUUUUCCCCUGGGUUCUCCGGAUGAUAUGCUUGAUCUGAAAGUCUGAAUCGCGGGUAUUGGAUAACAAGCGAUGAAAUCCUCGACUCGGCUUGACUCAGCUGUCUUUCAGCUUACUCCCACUCGGACCCGGUGUGAUUUAUUGGUAACUGCCAAUGGGAAGACGGAGAAGAUAGCAUCAGGUCUGGUUAAACCCUUUCUUGCCCACUUGAAGACCGCACAGGAUCAAGUCGAUAAAGGUGGCUAUUCAAUCAUUCUUAAGCCCGAGGCUGGGGAUGAUGCGACAUGGUUCACAAAGCGAACGAUAGCAAGAUUUGUUCGUUUUGUGAGCACUCCAGAGGUUCUGGAACGUGUUUACACCAUAGAGACUGAGAUUGUACAGAUCAAGGAAGCCAUAGGAAUUCAGAACAACAGUGAUAUGGCAUUGACUGUUGUGGAAGAUAAGCUGCAAGUAAAAAAGGCAGAAAGUAUGGAAGGUAGCAGGCCUUUGCUAGAGUCAAGUGAGGAGAAAGCAAUCGUCCUUUACCAGCCUGGUUCACACCCUCAGCAAGCAAAUGGGUCCACAGUACCAGAGGAAAAUUCUAAGGCUCAAGUUCUGAAAGUCCUGAAGACACGAAAGAAGGUGUUGCAGAACGAACAAGGCAUGGCCUUUGCAUGUGCUGUUGCAGCAGGUUUUGACAUUGAUGAUAUGGCGCCUCUAUUAUCUUUUGCCAAAAACUUUGGAGCCUCACGUUUAAUGGAUGCUUGCGUGAAGUUCAUGGAAUUGUGGAAAAAGAAGCAUGAGACUGGCCAGUGGGUUGACAUUGCAGCUACAGAAGCAAUGUAUGUACAACCAGAUGUCUCUGCAGUGAAUGACUCAGAGAUUGUGCUUGCAAAUACUGCUAUUACACGCAGGGACUCAUUGCCUGACACUCCUGAGAAUAAUGAUGGGAAGUCUCCUGCAGAUAACAAACCAAAUGGCCAUCAAGAAUAUUUGCAAGGCCAGCUUCCACAGCCGAUGUAUUCACCCUGGCCUGUUCAGUCCCCACCAGGUGCUUUUCCUGUUUUUCAAGGAUAUCCUAUGCAAGGCAUGCCAUACUACCCAAGUUAUCCUGGAAGUAGCCCAUAUCCAUCACCUUAUCCGUCUUCUGAUGAUCCUAGAUAUAGUUCUGACCGAAGAAAGGCCCGGAAACAUCAUUCAUCUGAUAGUGAGGAUUCUGAAUCAGAAGACUCGGACAAAGAGAAAGCAAGAUCAGGUAGGAGAAGGAAAUCAGGCAAGGUGGUGAUUCGGAAUAUAAACUACAUCAGUUCAAAGAAGCAGAAUAAUGAUGCUGAAAGCCAGGAUGAAGGAGCAACACGAGAGCAUUUAAAUGGUGAAGAAAGAGCAACAGAAGGGGCAGAGGGUGACAGUGGACACUGGCAGGCCUUUCAGACUUUCCUAUUACAGGAGGCCGAUAAGAAUGAACAUAAAAUUGACCACAUGAUGGAAAAAGAGGUUGUGGGGAAGAGGAGGCAAAGGGCUGGCGAAUAUGAUCCUUUGAUUUAUGAUGAACGUGACGUAGAACAGUAUCAAGAAGGGAAUAUAGCUGAUAUGCAGAAUGGAAAUGCAACUCGUAGAGAUAAGGGAUCUAGCGAUGAGUCAUUUAUUUCAAGAAAACAUGGCUCUGGAGAUUCUAGAGUGUAUGGGCAAAUGGAUGCCCAGUACAUAGAGGUAGACGGUAAAAGGGUUUUGUCCCGGAGAAAUGGGACUGACGACUUCAUGAAUUGCCGAAGACAACAUGGUUUAGGGAGGUCAUCUGAUCUUCUUACCUUGAAUGGAUUUGAUAAUCCAAGAAAUGGUUUGGAUAGGUCAUCUUAUAACGUGGAUGAUGAUUCUUACAUUGUUCCUCUACGGUCGUCAGGACUGGAUGCAACCGGAGGCAACAAGCGAAAUGCUAUAGACAUAGGAUCAGAGUUCUCAUCAUCCCACCCAACUGAUGAAAAUGAAGGGAAGCAGGGAAAAUACGAGCCCCAUGAUCUGAGCUUGAUGCCGGAACGUGGAACGGAAAAGCUGUCGACUGGAUAUGACCCUGCACUUGAUUUUGGAUCGGAAACUCGUGUCAACAAGAAAAAAGCGGCAGCAGGGGGAGCUAAGAAGUCAGCAAAAGAUCCAAAAUCAAGAGUUCCUACUGAUACAGCAGAUAAGAGGAAAGCAUCAGGGCCAAUACGGAAAGGAAGAACCACAAAGAUGAGUCCUUUAGAUGAAGCAAGAGCUCGUGCUGAGAAGCUAAGAAGUUUCAAAACCGAUCUGCAGAAAAUGAAAAAAGAGAAGGAAGAGGAAGAGAGGAUGCGCAUCGAAGCUCUGAAGAUAGCCAGGCAAAAGAGGAUAGCUGCUAGGAAUAACACAGUUGCAGGUGAGGCACAGUUGCCGUCACAACAGACAAGAAAGCCAUUGCAAAACAAAGUUUCUUCCGGUACCCAUAGAGGUUCUAAGUUUAGUGAUUCGGAACCUGGAUCAUCAUCACCUUUCCAACGUUUUCCAAUAAGAACUGCUUCUUUGACUUCAACCGACUAUCAGAAACUCUCCAAGAAUGGUAAAUUGAGUACUCGAAGCAACUCAACAGGAAAUAGGCUCACCAGGUCUGUAUCAUCACUACCUCUGUCUAAGAAAGACAGCAAAACUGCUCCAGAUAUUAAGUCAUCUGUUUCAAGGACAAGAAGAUUGUCAGAACCCAAAAUGAGAAGCAGUGGAUCAAAUCCUUCAGUGAGGUCUCGAGGUUCAAUAACUUCCAAAAGAAUGCCGAAUGCUCCAGGGAGCAAGAAUAUAUCUGCUAUUGUGAACCAUGAUAAAACAAAAAUUGCUUCUCUGCCUGAGCUGAAAAUAAAAGCAUUGAGCGGUCCCACUACCAGUUCGGUGAAAAUGGGAAAGGUGACAGAAAAUAGAUCUUCAGCCGAGGUGGCACCAAGGGGGGACAAGGAGAAAUCCGUGUGCCAUAAAGAGAAUGAUGAAAGCCCAGUGAUUGAGAAGACAGUGGUGAUGCUUGAAUGUGAGAAGUCUUCUGCCUCUGCUUUGCCAGUUUCAGCUCAAAAUAUAAGUUCAGAUCCCGAGCAUCUCAAGAAACUCGAUACCCGAAAGAAGCCUGAGGCAGUCUCUGAAUGGGUUGAGGGCAUCUUCCCUGCCUCUAUUCCUUCUGUGGGAAUUGAUAAGGAGCCUAUGGAAGCAACACAUGAUAAUGCCAAUGCCAAUGAUAUAGUCCUAGUUAGAUUAGAGAACUUGAGUGACAUGGUUACAGAAACACCAAAGUUUCCGACGAGCCAAAGCAUUGCUGGAAAACCGUAUGAAGCUCCUUAUGCCCGGGUUUCUUCUCUGGAAGACCCAUCUACUGGGAACUACUCUUGGGCCCCUCCCACAAGCAUACCAAUAAAUGGGACCGAGCAGGAGACAGUCAAAGUUCUUGUACCAGAGUCUAAAACUGCGAUGUUAGAGAAGAUAACUGAGGCUUCUUCAGAUAAGGCUCAAAUGAAGGAGUCCACAUCAAAAGGGCUGAGGAAACUGCUGAAAUUUGGAAGAAAGACUAAUAACAGCAUGGACUCGGAUAAUGUGGCUGUCAACAAUGAGCCGGCCAUAAACACUUCCACAUCCAGUGAAGCUUUUACUUUAAAGAACCUCAUUUCUCAAGACGAAACACCAACAGCAGCUGCAGCCGGAUCACAGAAGUCUUCUCGCCAUUUUUCGUUGCUGUCACCAUUCAAGAACAAAACAAAGUGAGAACGAAGAUAAGAUCGCGGAAGAACGCUCCAUCCCAUUGUACUAGUUUUAAGUUAAAUCUUCUAUCUUUUAUCAAACGCCUGUCCCUUUCCAAGUCUGAGAAUAAACUAAGGUUAUUGAAAACUGAACCGUUUGUUGUCAUUGCAAAUGAGAUGUGCCAUUUUCCUCGUGCU